AGAGUUGCGGUCGCAACGACACAACCUACGGCUUGGGCAAUGGCGGGCACGGCGCUCAAGCGGCUCAUGGCAGAGUACAAACAGUUGACCUUGAAUCCACCAGAGGGAAUAGUAGCUGGGCCUAUGAAUGAAGAGAAUUUCUUUGAGUGGGAAGCUUUGAUAAUGGGACCAGAAGACACUUGCUUUGAGUAUGGCGUUUUCCCUGCUAUUUUGAGUUUUCCUCUUGACUACCCAUUAAGCCCUCCAAAGAUGAGGUUCACGUGUGAGAUGUUUCACCCCAACAUUUAUCCAGAUGGCAGAGUUUGCAUCUCUAUUCUUCAUGCCCCUGGAGAUGAUCCCAUGGGCUAUGAGAGCAGUGCCGAACGAUGGAGCCCUGUACAGAGUGUAGAGAAGAUUCUCUUGUCAGUGGUCAGCAUGCUGGCAGAACCAAAUGACGAGAGUGGAGCCAACGUGGAUGCCUCAAAAAUGUGGCGGGAGGAUAGAGAGCAGUUUAACAAAAUAGCCAAGCAAAUUGUUCAGAAGUCACUUGGACUUUAAAGAGAAAGGAAGACUGGAAAAUUGACAAUCGUAGCAUUUUGAACUCUCUCAAGACUGACAAAUGGCAGUACUGCCCAUUGGUACCAAAAGCAAAUCUUGCAAAAUUGUCAACUGAGUUUCAUAAGUUCCCCCCUACCAUCCUCCCUAUAUUCCUCUUUUAAAAAGAAAUAUCUAAAAGUACAGUUCUGUGCAGUUACUCCAGUCUUCGCCUAUUGAAAUCAAUAGGUUAAGAUUGGAGUAACUGCAAUAGGAUUGCAUGAUAUUUAAGCAGAUAUGAUACAAAUGGAUUUAGCGGUAUGGUAAAAGUUGUGUAGUGCUGUAGUCAUGUUGAACUACGGAAAACUUGGGAAUCUUUCCUAUUAUGUGGCUCUCCAGUUACAUUCUUUUUAUUUUCCUUCCCUACUUUAGUGCAGAUAACAGUGCAAUACUGUGCACUUUCUGGUAGCUGGACUGAAUUUACAAGUGCCCAGAGCAGCAGAAAAAGGCAUCUUAAACACUAUUGAAAUCAGUUUGAUGGAAGCAGAGAGCUACCCUUUAAGGAUAUUGUUCUUAGAUAAUUUCACAUAACUUAAGAUAAAUGGAGAGCUGUUUAAUGUCUUUCUCCUUGAGGACAUUAAAUAUUAAUGCAACAGAGUUCUUAGGCCAGAUUAUUUUGUGAGCAACUGAAUGUCUGUGUCUAAUGAAGGUGAUCCAUGAAAAGAGUGAUCAGUGUAAUUGGCAACAUGCUUCUAGAUAUAGCAUUUUAUCUGCCCAUAGGAUAUCCCUUCAUAUGGCGGCUUUUGAAAGCCUUCAAGCAUGCCGAGUUUGGUGUUGAGGCACUUGUUGAACUUGUUAUGACUUCAGUAGGCUUGAUGUCAUAUGAGUAAUCAUCAUUCCUAAAAUAUCUUGGAUGCCUGAGACAGACUCCCCUAUCUGAAUAGAUGCUGGAGAUAACUAGCUACCUGUCUGGCUGUACUGCAGAACAGGAGUCUUUCCCAAGUUGUUAUUCAGUUCUUUUCAU